CCUCAAAUCCCCACAGGGCAGGCAGGAAGACGAAGGAGGAGGUGGUGGUGGUGGUCAUACAUUUGCACAAGGAGCAAGACGCGCGCAUGUUACUCGGAGGGCUCCACGUCGUGCACGGCGGCGAGGAGCAGGACUUGGACGUCAUGAUGCUGCAGAGCCCGCUCACCUCCACGCCAUUCUCCGUCAAGGACAUCCUGAAGCUGGAGCUGGAGCAGCAGCAGCAGCAGCAGCAGGCCUCCAUGGAACUCCAGCAGCAGCGGACUCACCUGGCCGUCUCUCCCCGACACACGCAUUACCACAGCCCGCCGCCCUCCUGCAUGCUGGCCCGAGAUAGCCCUCCGUCCUUCUCGGACACCGACGACAACCCCAUGGUCUACCUCGGGGCGCUGGCCAGGGGGGGCGAUGAGGACGACGAGGAGGACGAUGAAGAACGCGGUGGGGACAGCGGCUUGUCCACGGACGUGUACGCUCACAGAGGCGGGCUGCGGGGGUCCAAAGUGGAGACCCCAGACUUGGACGAGCAGGACAGGAGGCUGCUCGUGUUGGAGUCCCGGGAGGAGGCAGCCGAGGGCGGCCACGGCGACGCUCAACGGCCGGCACAGAAGCCUCGGAGCCGGCGGCGACCCCGUGUGCUCUUCUCCCAGGCUCAGGUGUUCGAGCUGGAGCGUCGCUUCAAGCAGCAACGCUACCUGUCCGCCCCCGAGAGGGAGCACUUAGCCUCGGCCCUCAAGCUGACGUCCAACCAGGUAAAGAUCUGGUUCCAGAACCGCCGCUACAAGUGCAAGCGUCAGCGGCAGGACAGAACCCUGGAGACGGCCGGGCAGCACCGACCUCCCCCACCGAGGCGCGUCGCCGUGCCGGUGCUGGUGCGGGACGGGAAGCCGUGUCUCGGCGGUGGGGCGCAGGGCUACGCGACCACCGCGGCUCCAUACGCGAGCAGCCCGUACGGCUACGGAGGCUACCCGGCCUACACGUACGGCAGCCCGGCCUACCAGAACACCUACACCUGCACAUACAGCAGCCUCCCUCCGCUGCCACCCUCCGGCACCAACAACGCCUUCAUGAACUUGGGGGGGCUGGGCGGCUCUCAGCAGCCCCCAAACCACCAAGGCAGCCCCGUGACGUCCUGCCAGGGCUCCCUGCAGGGGAUCCGGGCUUGGUGACGUCAUUGCAAUUGAAGGACAAAGAAGAACGGAC